UUGGUGCUAUUGUUAAUGGUACUUUAAAAAAAAUUUCUAAUUUUUCCUUUUUAGUAUUCAGAUGUAUAACUAAUUUUUGCAUAUUGACUGUAUCCUCUAACCUUAGUAAACUCACAAAAAGCAGAGCUUGCUUGAGCUUGUGGCAUUGCUUAACAUUUCACAGGGUGGACAUUCUGAAUCAUUGUGUAAGCAAAAUACCUGAAUGUUAAAAUCCUUUCUGCAGAACACUGUUAUUUUUUAGAGUAUCAUGAAAGUUUGACAUAUUUUAAUUCAUCAUAUAAAUUGUUAGGUCACAGAAAAUACUACUAGAUAAUCUAUCUUAGUAUAAAAUAAUAUGGAGAGAGGGAGGUAUGAGGAAAGAAGCAGAGGUUGGAAGGUGUUCCUGCUGGAGGUAGGUUGUGCACUCAGGAAUGAUGGUGAUCUCUGAACGCUGGAAAAGGUCAGUAGACAUUCUCCUCUGGAGCCUCCAGGAAGAACCUAGCCCUGCUGGCACCUUGGUUGGAGGACUUCUGACCUCCAGAAAUGUACUGGUGAAAGUGGGAAAAGCACUUUUAUCAAGGAAAUGAGAAUUAUCCAUGGGUGUGGUUACAGCAAUGAAGACAGAAAGGGGUUCACGAAGCUGGUGUACCAAAAUAUAUUCACCGCCGUGCAAGCCAUGAUCAGAGCAAUGGACAACUUAAGGAUUCAAUACGUGUGUGAGCAGAAUAAGGAAAAUGCCCAGAUAAUCCGAGAAGUGGAAGUAGACAAGGUCUCUGCAUUAUCCAGGAGCAAGGUAGAGGCCAUCAAGCAGCUCUGGCAGGAUCCGGGAAUCCAGGAGUGUUACAACUGGAGGAGGGAAUACCAGCUAUCAGAUUCUGCCAAAUAUUACGUGACUGACAUUGACCUAAUUGCCACACCAUCAUUUGUGCCAACACAGCAAGAUGUGCUUCGUGUCCGAGUGCCCACCACUAGCAUCACUGAGUAUCCUUUUGAUUUGGAAAACAUCGUCUUUCGGAUGGUAGAUGUUGGUGGCCAGCAAUCUGAAAGGCGGAAAUGGAUUCAUUGCUUUGAAAGCGUCACUUCCAUUGUUUUCUUGGUUGCUCUGAGUGAAUAUGACCAGGUCCUGACUGAGUGUGACAAUGAGAAUCGCAUGGAAGAAAGCAAGGCCUUAUUUAAAACAAUGAUUACCUAUCCCUGGUUUCUGAACUCAUCUGUAAUUUUGUUCUUAAACAAGAAGGACCUUUUAGAAGAGAAAAUCAUGUAUUCUCAUCUAAUUAGCUAUUUCCCAGAAUAUACAGGACCAAAGCAGGAUGUCAAAGCUGCCAGAGACUUUAUCCUGAAACUUUAUCAAGACCAGAAUCCUGACAAAGAGAAAGUCAUCUAUUCCAACUUCACAUGUGCCACAGAUACAGAGAAUAUCCGCUUUGUGUUUGCUGCAGUCAAAGACACAAUUCUUCAACUGAACCUGAGGGAAUUCAACCAAGUUUAAAAGCUGCUGCCCACUCCUCCCCCAUGACAGAAGACAUGAUUCACAAAUUUUUCUUGUUUUAUCUCCAAACACUUCUGACAUCACUUGGCCUGGCCCACUGUGCCAGGCACUGAGUAUAUCAUGCAGA